CAACAACACAACUUCCAGAAAGAAAAAGAAAAAGGCUUCUAAAUAAUGGAAAAAGUAGCACAAUACGAGCGCGUUUUCAAGCAAUUUGAUGGCAACGGAGACAAUAAGAUAUCACCUAUGGAGCUGCAACAAUGUGUCGGAGCGAUAGGCGGCGAGCUCUCGCUGACAGAGGCGGAGGUGGCGGUGGAGUACCUAGACUCAGACGGCGACGGGCUGCUGGGGUUGGAUGAUUUUGUCAAGUUUGUCGACGGAGGAUGCGACGAAGAGAAGGUGUGUGUUUUGAGGGAGGCUUUUAAGAUGUAUGUGAUGGACGGGAGUGGGUGCAUUACGCCCAAGAGUCUUAAGAGGAUGCUGAGUCGACUCGGCGAGUCCAAGAGCGUCGACGAGUGCAAGAACAUGAUUGCGAGGUUUGAUCUCAACGGUGAUGGGGUGCUCAAUUUUGAUGAGUUUAAGGUUAUGAUGUUUUGAAUGAUGGUGUAUGAAGUGUGAUUUUGGUUUGUUUUUGCUACUUUUGUAAAUUGUUCAUUCAUUGU